AUGGAAGAUCAAGCCUCGGCCGCUGAUUCCAACAGCAGCUCAAGCCAUGGCUCGGAAAGAAGCGAACCAGUGAGGUCAAGGUGGACUCCAAAGCCCGAACAAAUUCUCAUACUUGAGUCCAUCUUCAACAGUGGCAUGGUGAACCCACCAAAAGAUGAAACUGUGAGAAUAAGAAAGUUGCUGGAGAAAUUUGGCGCCGUUGGUGAUGCAAAUGUCUUCUACUGGUUCCAAAACCGCCGUUCAAGAUCUCGCCGCCGGCAACGCCAAUUGCAGGCCAGCCUUGCCGGAGAUAACCAACAAAAGAACCUUCUGCAGCAGCAGCAGCAACAGCAGCAGCAGGCACAAACCAGUAGUGGUGCAAUUCAGUACCAUGAAAAUAGUGGUUGUGGUGUUGGGUUUGGUUCUUCUUCUUUUGGGUCAUCUUCUUCUUCUUCAAGUCCUUUUCUGGUCAGUGGUUCUUCGUCGUGUGGGGUUAUAGGUGAUGAUGGUGUGGAGAGUCUUUUCUCAAUGUCAGGUCAAAUGGGUUUUCAAGAAAUUGAACAAAGCGUUUGCCCAUCUGACUCUUCAAAUUUGCACUAUCAACCUGGAUUCAUCACAGUGUUCAUCAAUGGAGUUCCAACAGAGGUACCCAGAGGGCCACUUGACAUGAAAGCAAUAUUUGGUGAAGGCUUUGUUUUGGUUCAUUCCUCUGGUGUCCCACUGCCUGUAAAUGAAUUUGGCUUCUUAUUUCACAGCUUGCAGCAUGGUGAAAACUAUUUCCUGGUUAUCUUUUAA